AUGAGCCGUGGCUCGGCCAGCAGUCGCCGCGAGCGGGCUGCUGCUUCGCCAUACUCGGGGGUCCAGAUUGAAUAUCGCACCUUGUCCAUCCACGUCUCCGAGUCCCGCAACGUCGAUUCUGAUAACCUGGCCGAUGCCAAGGCGCCCCGGAAGGAGAACAAGGAGGAAUACUUUUCCAACUUGACCUUUCACGAGCUCCAGGUGGACCAGCUCUGCCAGCAGCUCAACGUCUCCCAAGACGACGGCCUGUCGAGGAGUGCCGCCGAGCUGAGGCUCCAGCGCGAUGGCAGGAACACGCUUCCUCAUCCCAAGACAAACUACCUCCGCAAGAUCCUCACGUACGUCUUUGGCGGCUUCUGCUCCGUCCUGUGGGUGGGCGUCGUCAUCUUCUUCAUCUGCUGGCGGCCCCUGAGCAACCCGCCCUCGCCGACGAAUCUGGCUCUUGCUAUUCUUGUCAUCAUUGUCAUUGUGCUUCAGGCAAGCUUUUCCGCUUUUCAGGAUUGGUCCACCUCGCGUACUAUGAAGUCCAUUACCGAUCUGUUGCCUUCUGAGGCGUUGGUGCUUCGUGACGGCCAGCUGAUGAAGCUGCGUGCCACCGAGCUCGUGAGCGGCGACGUUGUCCAUCUAAAUAUCGGCAACAAGGUGCCCGCGGACAUGCGCAUCAUCAGCCAUUCCGGCGACCUCCGCUUCGACCGGGCCGUCUUGACUGGAGAGUCGGAUGAGAUCGAGGCCUCGGUCGACCAGACGGAUGAAAACUUCCUCGAGAGCCGCAACAUUGCUCUCAUGGGCACCCUCGUCGUCAACGGCAGCGGAGUGGGCGUCGUCGUCCUCACCGGCCCUCGCUCCGUCAUGGGCCGGAUCGCGACUGCUACUGCCACUGCCAAGGAACGGCCCACGCUGAUCCAGAGAGAGAUCACGCGCUUCGUGUACAUCAUUGUCGCGCUGACUCUUGUCCUCGCUCUCCUCAUCCUGUUUACAUGGCUUGGGUGGCUGCGCAAAGAUCACCCCGGCUACAUGAACGUCGUGGCCAUGCUCAACAACGUCAUGGGCUGUGUCGUCGCCUUCAUCCCCGAGGGCAUGCCUGUCGCUGUUGCGCUGACUCUCAUGAUGGUCGCGAGACGCAUGAAGGCGGCGAAUGUCCUGCCCAAGGGCCUCGCCACGGUUGAGACUCUGGGCUGUGUCAAUGUCAUUUGCUCUGAUAAGACGGGUACCCUGACGCAGAAUCAGAUGCACGUCAACUCUGUUGCCUUUGUCGACGAGCCCAUUGCCAUUCAGGACAUCUACAACAGUCUCUCUGGCGACCAGGUUGAUGCCGGCGUGAAGAAGCUUCAUCAGGCAGCUACUCUGUGCAACGACGCCACCUUUGAGCCGUCCACGCUUCAUCUACCUGUCGCCUCGCGCACCAUUCAAGGCAACGCUACCGACGGCGCUGUUCUUCGAUUCUCCGCGGCAGCUCCUUCAAACAAGGAGAAAGCAGAACAGCCGACCAAAGUCUUCCAGAUCCCCUUCAACUCCAAGAACAAGUGGAUGCUCACCAUGUACAAGAGUCCCUCCGAGUGUCAGGGCCUCAACGAGUUCCAGGUCUUUGUCAAGGGAGCCCCUGACGUCCUCCUGCCUACCUGCUCAGCCUACUGGUCGCGCAAAUCCAACUGCGUCAUGCCUCUGGACGCUGAGGCAAAGGCUGCUUUCAAGCAAUACCAAGACAAGCUUUCCAAGAACGCCGAGCGCGUCAUUGUACUCUGCAUGAAAAACAUGGUUUGCCAGGAGGCCGUAGGCACCAAUGCCUUCAGCGACGAAGUCACCAGCCGCGCCACGGAGGAUCUCAUCGUCGUCGGCAUCCUGGGCAUCACCGAUCCUCCUCGCCCUGAGACGCUGGACACCGUCAGAGAGUGUCGUCGUGCGGGAACGCGGUUCUUCAUGGUCACUGGCGACUACGGCCUGACUGCCGCCGCCAUCGCCCGCAACGUCGGCAUCUUCACCUGCGAGCGCGACCCCGACACCAUCGCCAUCGUGCAAGCCAACAACGACGCCGACGCAGUGAAGAAGCUCAACAGUGCUCGCAUCGCAGGAGAGUGUCGCAGCCUCCUUCUCGAGGGCCAUAGUUUGGGGAGUCUCUCCGACGACGACUGGAGCAUCGUGUGCGAGUAUCAGGAGAUUGUCUUUGCGCGGACGACGCCGGAGCAGAAGCUGCGCAUUGUGGAGGAGUUCCGCAAGAGAGACAACGUCGUGGCCGUGACUGGCGACGGAGUGAAUGAUGCGCCGGCUCUGCGUGCUGCAGAUGUCGGCGUUGCCAUUGUGUCCGGGAGCGACGUUGCCAUUGAGGCGGCUGACCUCGUCUUGAUGGAUCGCUUUGAUAGCAUCAUCGAUGCGAUCCGUCUUGGCCGACUCGUUUUCCAGAACUUGCAAAAGGUCAUUGCGUACCUUCUUCCCGCCGGUAGCUGGUCGGAGAUCUGGCCCGUCCUCGUCAAUGUCUUCUUUGGCGUUCCCCUGCCUCUAAGCUCGUUCCUCAUGAUCAUCAUCUGCGUCUUCACCGAUCUGUUCCUGUCCCUCUCGCUCAUCAUGGAAAAGGAAGAGUUUGACCUCCUGUCGCUGCCUCCUCGGAACCACAAAAAGGACCACCUCAUCAACUUCAAGAUCUACGCCCAGGCAUAUCUCUUCACUGGCACGGCUGAGACUAUCUGCGCUCACUCCAUGUUCUUCUUGUACAUGUGGAAGAAGGCAGGCAUCCCCGUGCACGAGCUCUUCUUCCUCUUCGAGGGCUACUCCGAGGGCUUCCACGGUUACACCCAGGAGCAGCUCAACCACUUCAACUACACUGGCCAGUGCGUCUACUUUGUCACUCUCGUCAUCCUCCAAUGGGGCAACAUCCUGUCUGUGCGGAAUCGUCGCCUGAGCAUUGUCCAGGCCGAUCCGUUCACCGAGAAGAGACGCAACCCUUGGCUUUUGCUUAGCAUGAUGAUCAGUCUUGCCAUUGCAAUCUUCGUCACUGAGGUUCCGGGCAUUCAUAGCUUGUUCUUGACGGCGCCGGUGCCUAUCGAGUUUUGGUUGAUUCCUAUUCCCCUGGCGUUGGGCAUUUUGAUGCUGGAUGAGGUGCGGAAGUUGAUUGUCCGGUUGUUUCCUAAUGGACCUGUUGCGAAGAUUGCAUGGUAG